AUUUUUCUCUGUCUCUUUGCUUAUUUUGAUUUUUCUUUACCUUAUCUUCUUAAUAUAAUGUAUAUCUUCUUGAGAUAAUUUAUAUCUUCAUCUAUAUAUGUAUUUCAUAUUUCCAUCUACAUUUACGUAUGAUUACACGUGCAUAUGAUCAGAAUGAUUUGAAUAUGAGCUUUGAUUAUCAUUCGAUGUUUUUAAAAUAAUCAAUAUUUCAGUGCUCAAAGUUCUCUUAUGAUUUGCGAUUAUACGGAAAUAGAUGUUGCGGAAACUGCCUGCAUUUGUAUCAAAUCAGAAGUUGUGCCUUUAUACAUUGAUUCGACAUAACAAGCAAAUACCUACUAUGACUGAUAUAAAACCUAGUAAAAUUGGUUUACCAUUGGAAGAUAUUGUGGACGUAUUGCAAAAGUUUGCAAAUACAUCUUUGGCUGAACCUUGGGAUAAUGUUGGAUUAUUGGUUGAGCCUUCGUGUCCAAAACUUAUAUCAAACAUUUUGUUAACAAACGACUUAACAGAAAAUGUUAUGAAUGAAGCAUUAGGCCUGUCGACAGAUAUGAUAAUUUCAUAUCAUCCUCCAAUAUUUUACCCAUUUAAAUCUAUAACCACGAGAACAUGGAAGGAACGUAUAAUCGCAAAAUGUUUAGAGCAUAAAAUAGCUGUAUAUUCUACACAUACUGCAUUUGAUUCAAUAAAGGGGGGCGUAAAUGACUGGUUGGCUUCAGCUUUCAAUAAUGUGAUGGAUAGUUGUAAACCGAUACAGCCAGGUGAGAACAAAGAAAAUGGUAUGGGUCGUCUGUGUACUUUAAAAAAUGAAAUACAUAUUGAUGAAGCAGUAAACUUAGUAAAACAGCACACCAAGUUGAAAUGUUUACAACUAGCUCGUGCUGUUUCACAAUCAGAUGGCUUUAUCAAAUCUGUCGCUGUAUGUGCAGGAUCAGGAAUAAGUGUUUUAAAAAAUGUACGAGCCGAUUUAUAUCUUACAGGAGAGAUGCAACAUCACGAUGUGCUUGACGCUAUUCAUAAUGGGAUUUAUGUUAUUGUAACAAAUCAUUCUAAUUCUGAACGUGGUUUCCUAGAAAGUUUUGCAUCAACGUUAUCAAAUAGAUUAAAUAAUUCUGUAAAUGUUAAUGUAUCUAUCGUUGAUGCUGAUCCUUUGGAAAUCGUAUAAUUUAAUAUUUUUAUACUUCAUCAUAUAAUUUUAUAUUCUUUUUGGAUAACAAACAUCAUAGUACAUUCAUAUCUUCUUGAAAUAUUUAUUUCAAAAGUGACAGAUAAACAUAUUGUCCAGUAUAAAGUAAAGAUUGAAGUAAUUAUAUAUUUCUAAAUGUUGUACAUAUAGUAAUUUUUCGGGUUUUUCCUACAAAUCAAUUAUAUUAAGCUGUAUAAAAGAAAGGAAGAAAAAAAAAAGAAAAAAAAGAAAGAAAAAAAUCCUCUACAGUACAUACUAGAAUGAAAUAUAUAUGUUAAUAAUACAAAAUACGCUUUGUGUAUUGGUAAGUAAUUUGGCAAAGUGAAUAAUAGAAUUUACUAUAGCUUUCAAAAGCUAUAACCUUAAGAAGAAUAGAUAUGUUUUAUCCUGUUUCACAGCAUUUAUCAGCCUACCUAAUAUCAAAUUUAUCAUUACACUAAGAAAGUAACGAUGCCCAAAUUUAAUACGUCAUUAUGGAAUAUGUAAUAUUGAUAUGUAAUUGUAAGUAAAGGACAAUGAUAAAAUGGUUACUUGACAUCAA